CACCGAAGGCUUCAGAUAGCAAAAUGGUGAUGACUCCAGCUCUCGCACGAGCAAAUGAAAUUAGGGCCCCUCCUCCACCCGGAGCACCUUACAGUGUUCCUGUAGAAGGAAGCGAAGAGUCUGGACGAAGCAAGAUUUACAGACAUUGGAGAUUCAAGGAUGGUCUACUUAACAGCUUGGAUCCUCAAGUAUGUAUCGUGUGGAGCUUCCUGGACAAUAAAUCACGUCUGCCCAUGACUUCUUUGAGAAGACUGNCCAACCGCAUACCCAAUGCGAGAUGUCUUGGACACCGUCCCUACGACCCCACCACAAAGACUUUCGGACCCUAUGUCUGGGAAACAUACGGUCAAAUUCAAGAGAGAAGGAAGAACUUUGGUAUCGGUAUGGUGCACCUCCACAACCAAUACGGAGUCACCGGUAGACAGCAUGGUGUCGGUCUUUGGUGCCAAAACCGUCCCGAGUGGCAGAUUGUUGGUGAGUGCAAUCCACCUGCACCUUUUCGAAUACAUGCUGAUUCUACAANNGACCUGGGCUGCAUGUCUCAAUCUCUGUACACUGUCUCUCUCUACGACACUCUGGGGCCUGACACAACCGAAUACAUCAUCAACCACUCACAGUUGGCUGCUGUCGCGACCUCCUUGAACCAUAUCCCAACCCUGCUCAAACUCGCCCCUCGCUGCCCCACUCUCAAGAUUAUCGUCUCGCUCGACCCUCUGACUUCGGGCUCCGAACUACCUGGAACUUCCAAAGCCGACAUUCUCAAUGCUCUGGCCUCUGAAGCUGGUAUCCAAGUCAUCUACAUUCGCGAUGUCGAGGCCAUGGGCGAGGCCAGUCCCCGCCCCUACAAUGUUCCCCAGCCGGAAGACAUUGUCACCAUCAACUACACUUCCGGUACAACUGGCCCGCCCAAGGGUGUGGUUUUGACUCAAGCAAAUGCUGUCGCAGCAGCUUCAGCUUCCAUGACUCUGGUCGACAUGCGUGACAACGAUGUCAUGUGCUCCUACUUACCUCUGGCUCACAUCUACGAGCGCGUCACCGAAGGUUCUGCUCUUUGGGCUGGCAGUGCUAUUGGGUACUUCCACGGCAACAUUCUAGAACUUGUUGACGACUUCAAGCUUCUUCGUCCUACCAGCUUGAUCAGUGUACCUCGCCUAUACAAUCGUUUCGGUGGCGCCAUCAAGACAGCCACUUUGGAAUCAUCUGGCGUUAGGGGAGCUCUUUCGAGGCACGUUGUGUCCACCAAGUUAGCAACACUGAACAACCCCGAUCCUAAGCAGGCUACAAACAAGCAUGCUUUCUAUGACCGUAUCUGGGGCAGAAAAGUUACUGCUCAGCUCGGUCUGGAUCGUGUCAGAGCUAUGGUGUCUGGUUCGGCUCCUAUCGACCCGUCUCUGCAGCAGUUUAUGCGCGUAGUGUUCGGAAACAGUUUCCUGCAAGGUUAUGGUCUUACCGAGACAUACGCUAUUGCUUGCGCCCAGGUUGAGGGUGAUAUGACAGCCGGAAAUUGUGGUGCAGUUAUGCCUACCACAGAACUGUGUCUUAUGGAUGUGCCAGACAUGGAGUAUUCUGCUUCGGACAAGCCGUACCCUCGUGGUGAGCUCCUGGUUCGCGGACCAACUGUGUUCAGAGAGUACCUCAAGAAUCCAGAGGAGACGGAANAAGCACUUCUCCCAGAUGGCUGGUUCCGUACCGGUGACAUCUGCUUAGUGGACGAGCUCGGCCGUUUCAAGAUCAUCGACCGCAGAAAGAACGUUCUCAAGCUGGCCCAGGGUGAGUACAUCUCACCAGAGCGCAUCGAGAACGUUUACCUCGGCAACACAACCUGGUUCUCGCAAGCAUACGUGCAUGGAGACAGCGAUAGAGCAUUCUUGGUUGCCAUCUUCGGUAUUCAACCCGACACGUUUGCCGCUUUCGCAAGCAAGGUGCUCGGUAAGCAACUAGGUGCAACAGACAUCAAAGCCCUCGAGGCGGCAGCUCAGGACGUGAAGGUCCGCCAUGCCGUUCUCAAGGAGCUUGACAAGAUUGGCAAGAAGAACAAGUUCAACAGCUACGAGAAGGUGCGCAACGUGCGACUGAUGGUGGAGCCUUUCACUGUCGACAAUGAACUUCUCACACCUACACUCAAGCUCAAGAGACCUCAGACCGCGAAGAAGUAUCGCGCUGUCCUCGAUGAGAUGUACACUGAGGCCGAGGCACAGAGCAGUGCCAGGGCCAAGCUG